AUCAUCUUUUAAACAACAUGGAGUUCAAGUUCGGCGCUUUGGCUUCUUGACAGCUACGUUUGGCCCUUGUUUCACCGUGCACGAUGCCGUUCGGUAUCAAACCGAUGUGCGCAACAUGCAAGACUACCGUGUCGUCCAUGUGGCGCAAGAACGAGAACGGCGACGUUUUGUGCAAUUCGUGCGCGCUGCGCGGACACGCGGUGCCGACGGAACCCGAGCCGCCAUCCGCCAGGGAGCCCAACGGCAACGGCUGCCCUUUUACGCUGCGCAAAAGCACCCGAGCCAAGAGUUCCAAGCUGAGGCAACAGCAACAACAGGCCAAGACAGCCGCACCCAAAGGAAAAGGGCGCCGGGCAAUAUUCAAGAGAACGCCUUUGAGAGCACCAACAGCCGUAGCAACGUGUGUUACCAGCGAUUACGUGUUUUUUCGGGGCACCUACUACCAAGUGGGGGAUAUUGUGGCCCUAAUGGACGAGAACGACGACACCUACUAUGCUCAAAUUCGAGGCCUGCUGCAAGACCAGUACUGCGAGAAGAGUGCGGUCAUCACGUGGCUGCUUCCCACUUCAGAGAGCCCCAGGGACCACUUUGAUCCUUCUACCUACAUUCUGGGGCCAGAGGAGGACAUUCCUAGGAAGCUGGAGUACAUGGAGUUUGUUUGCCACGCCCCUUCCGAGUAUUUCAAGGCCCGGAAGUCGCCGUACCCUGUGCAGAAGCCUCCGGGUCCCGAAUGUGGUUUCAUUUGGACUAGGAUUGGCCCACAGAUCAGGCCAGUUCCCACCCAGGAGGAAGUGUUUGGAACAGUUUAGGUGGCUGUGUUUCCUGGAGACAUCGGCAAGUGCGUAGAUCUGACUGAACAGUGUUUCAUAUUUUUUUCCCAGUGCUUACGUGAGUGACAGUUUGCUCGAGUGUUUGUAUCAGAUUUGUGUGUGACGUGUUUUUUUGUGUGUAAGCAUAAUUGCACUGAAUGACACAGUCACAGCUGCCACGUAAUAAGCUUAAUAUUACGUAGAAACACGUGAUUUGAAGUAACAACAGGAAUGGGUAUCUUGUUGUUUCGUUUUCAUGUCUAUAACAAGUAUGAGCCAAGCAGCACAGCUACUAGUAGCUAUCUGUAACACGCUCAGUUGCAGUGACAUUAGUAAGAACAUGUACAUUAUUUAGUGCGUACUACUGCCAAAUAAGUCAUGGCCAGAGCAAACAACAAAGGGAGAAAGAAAACUGCAUGAGUGUGCAUAUCCUGCGACUUUCACAAACUGGUGUGCUUUGGAAAUAGUGGCUGAAAGUAUUGGCCUCUGCAAAAUUGGCAGCUGCUACAUUUCCAGGCAGGGAAAAAGAAGGUCCAGCAACUUUCCUUUUAGUUACAUCGUAAAUUGUGUGUUACAUGCCAAGAAAAUAGAUUAAGGAAAAUAUAUGGUCAUCGGAUGAGUAUGAGAAAGAAAGCCGCACACAACUAUACCAUAUGCAUGUAAUGCCUUAUAAAAGUACGGAUCAUGUUAUGUAGUGGUUGCAUUAUAUUCCGGCAUCUGACUUUCGUGUAAAGUAUGAUUUGCCAGUCGCAAAAUCUUUAGCAGUCACUACUAUUGCCAAUCCUGCUCAGCCACGCUAUAUUUACGGUUUUGCUAGCCAGCUUCUAAAUGAGUGUGCAGCUGUUUCCUCGAAAAACACAGCAGUCACUUUUUCUUUUUCAUUUGGCAUGAUUCUUUGUUCACCAUAGCUACUAUUGUAAGACCUGAAUCCCCACACUGGAAUGUGAAAACAUAGAGAAAAAAGUUUCACAAUGUGCCGCACUUAUCCUCUUCACUACCGAAAAUAAUGUAGGCAAGAAAAAGAGAUUCAGCUUCCAAAAUUUAAUCUCAACAAACCUUAUGGCAAGUCUUGUGGCAAAUGCCAUGCGGCGUUCAUGUUUAUGUACACAGUGCACACAUGGUCAGCACCUCUGCAUACAACUGUGUUUACUCUGCCUACUACCUACGUCCACCCUAAUGGCAGUAGAGUAACAACCAGCAAAACCUGUCAAUGGGCGAUUAGUGGCUUGUGUUGGUAUGUAAAUAAUGGCACUUUGCUGGCAGUUGAGUUUAUUUUCUGGGAUUGGAACUUGCCAACACUCUGGCAAAUCUGUUCUGUGGAAGCCUGCAAGGUGGAAAAAGAUUUGUGAUCAAGAAUUAUCAACCACCCAGU